AAAGUCUCCUGAGCCGGGCCCCUUGGGCCCCUCCCCGCCCCCACCCGGCGGCCCCCCGGCCCAUGUGCAGCCGGCCGGCCGCGCUGUCCCGGCCGCGGAUGGGCGCCCUCUUCCUGGCCCGGGCCGGCUGCGCGAGGCGGCGGAGCAGGCGAUGAAGAAGAAGCUGCAGCCCCCCGGUGGCGGCGGCGGCGGCGGCGGGGGCGGCGCGGCCCCCCGACCCCAUGCGGCCCCCGCGGGGGGCGCCCCUCCGGGCCUGGGCGGCUGGAAGCGCCGGGUCCCGCCGCUGCCUUUCCUGCGCGUCUCCCUCCGGGACUACGCCUUCUGCAUGGCCACGCUGCUGCUCUUCUGCCUGGGCUCGCUCCUCUACCAGCUCGGCGGAGGAGCCCCGCACUUCCUGCUCGACCUACGCCAGUAUUUGGGGAAUUCCACUUACUUGGACGAUCAUGGGCCACCUCCUAGAAAGGUCCUCCCUUUCCCCAGCCAGGUGGUGUACAACCGGGUCGGCAAGUGUGGCAGUCGCACGGUGGUCUUGCUUCUGAGAAUCCUGUCAGAGAAGCACGGAUUUAAUCUGGUCACAUCCGACAUUCACAACAAAACCAGACUCACAAAAAACGAACAAAUGGAACUGAUUAAAAAUAUAAGCACUGCCGAACAGCCCUAUUUAUUCACUCGGCACGUUCAUUUCCUCAACUUCUCAAGGUUUGGAGGAGACCAGCCGGUCUACAUCAAUAUCAUCAGAGACCCUGUCAGCCGCUUCCUCUCUAACUACUUUUUCCGUCGCUUUGGAGACUGGAGAGGGGAACAGAAUCACAUGAUCCGGACCCCGAGCAUGAGGCAGGAAGAACGCUACCUGGACAUCAACGAGUGCAUUCUUGAAAACUACCCUGAGUGUUCCAACCCCAGGUUGUUCUACAUCAUCCCCUACUUCUGUGGACAGCACCCCCGAUGCAGGGAGCCUGGAGAGUGGGCCCUUGAGCGCGCCAAGCUGAACGCGAAUGAAAACUUCCUGCUCGUGGGGAUUCUGGAGGAGCUGGAGGAGGUGCUGCUGUUACUGGAGAGAUUUUUACCUCACUACUUCAAGGGUGUGCUCGGCAUCUACAAAGACCCAGAGCAUAGGAAACUUGGAAACAUGACUGUGACCGUGAAGAAGACUGUCCCCUCUCCCGAGGCUGUGCAGGUUCUCUACCAGAGAAUGAGGUACGAGUACGAGUUCUACCACUAUGUCAAAGAGCAGUUCCACCUACUGAAGCGCAAGUUUGGACUGAAGUCUCAAGCGAACAGGGCCCCUCCGAGACCACAGUUCUUCAUCCCCUCGCCCCUGGAGACCGAAGAGCCAAUCGAAGAUGAGGAGCAAGAUGACGAAAAGUGGCUAGAAGAUAUUUAUAAGAGGUGAUACCAGCCCCGUGUUGCCUCCAUGGCUUUAUCUCCCUUUUCCAGAAAAUUCUUUGGGGAAGAAAAAAGAAAAUCCUGAAGGGACUUAAAUUAAUGCUCGGUGCAUUAGAGAAGAGAAGACAUUCCCACAUGUUGGGGGUCAUUGGGAGAUGCCCGGUUUUGCGGGUUUCGUUGGUUUAACUGUAUUCUGUGUGUGUUUUCUUCUUCUUGAUUCCUUGAGGCUUUUCCAGAUACAAUAGAUGGGCCCAUCACAAAGCACCUGUUCAUAAAAUAGUCUUUCCUGGCCCCCAUCCACCCUCUCUGAUAAUACAAGAGAAAGAAAUCCAUCUCACAGCCCAAUAGUACACCAUUUGUAAAAUGACUUGUAAAACUAUUGCCUCCAUGGUAGAAGACAUCCACAUUUGUAUGUUUUAGUGCCCAGGGAAUCUGCUGUAGGAGGAUCUAAGAGAAGGGGGAAACAGAACAUUAAAGGGAGGAUGGCCUUGGCUACCCACCUGGGCAGAAUUCCUGUUCUGGUCCCUCUCAGGGGACCCUGACACUCCAAGUAGAAUACUUACCGGUGAAAGGACAAGUUGUCUAUGGCACUCACAUUUCCAACCAAUCAGAGCCUGGAGUAUCUUUCAAGGUCAGAGUGCUAGGGAAAUCCCAGUGAGAGGUCCCACUUUCAAACAAGGUUCUGAUGGCCUCCAAAAUAGCAUAGUGAAGCAAAGGAUUCAUUAGUUGUAAGGGGGACUAUGGGCAGAACUGAUCAAAUCUAGGGGACCCAUGCCAGCAGAGAAAGGGCCUAGUCUAUAUUCUUUGCAUCAGAAGCAUCUCCCGCCACAGUACUGCUUCAAGUGGAAGCCCCAGGAACUAAUCUAGCUCUUAUAGUGAUUGCUAUAGCAGUCAGUCAACCGUGACCACACGGAUAGCGCAUAACCUCUCAUGUCCACCCACGGUCAAGUUGGUCUGAACAGAUACUGGUGUCUUUCAUCUUCUAUGCCCCCUAAAAGUACAAGUUUUACUUUAAAAAGGGUCCUGAGUCCUGGGCAGAGGCAGCAGAGUUCAGUCUCUUUCUUCUGGAACCCAUUGCUCCUGAGAACUCUUACCCAGGACAUCAGGAUUGUGGGUAAAACGCUGCUUGCCCAGCUCUGUGAGCAGAUGGUAGCUCCCGUGUGGUCUGAAGAGAUGUUGGGCAGUUCCAUUACCUGAAGACAUCUCUGCCACUCCCUACCAGUUUCUCCCUAGCAAGGAUGCCUUCGUUCAGUCAUCAGAAAUAUGUUCCCUUAAAUUCUGAUAUGUCUUCACUUUUUAAAAAAAAAAAUCUUAAAAAUACACAUUCUCCUGGGUGGAUAAGAUAAUGUCCAGCCAUCUGAGAAGGCAGGGAAUAGUGGGGGCCGCAAAAAGGAUACAACAAAUGUGUCUGCUCUAACAGACUUCGGAGUAUUUGGUCAUUAAGAUUGACUUUACACAAGGUACACAUUUCCUACUUCUCAGAAACUAAUAAGUCUCUAGAUUUUUUUUUUUUUGCUUCUUUCACUAAAACUGGACAGUAGCCAAGAUACAGAGCAAGUUCUUUGGAACCUGCCAAGUGGGAGCUGAAGUUCCUUUAUCAUGAGAUGUAUUGAGGCUUCCACCCAUAAGCCUCUGCGGUAAAAGACCACCACAAAAUAGACCAGCACUGGGCUACUUGUAAGCCUAUCUUGGGGCAGAGGAGUGAAUAGGAAAAAUACGCAUAGAGGAAAAAAAAAUCCUUUGUCCCAUGCAGAGACAUGAGGGCCACUCCAUUAGGUGUACUUUAAAAGGCAACCCAGGAAACAUCUAUCAUAUUCCAAACCAGUCCAAGCACAGCUGCCUGCUUCGCUGGGAGUCAUUUCUGACACUGCAUAUAAACAACUGGUUGGUUUACACACUGUUCAAUCUCAGGACCAGAAAAUAAAGUUGCAUUGGCCAAGUUUUCUUCUGCUGUCAGAACAUUGGAAUAACUGGUUCCU